CCACAGUGUUAUGAAGUCUUUUCUGUGUGCUGUGCUUAUUACUCAGCUGGUCUUAGCUGUUGUUGCUCAGAGUUCUGAGUGUGGUGAAGGUUUUAUGUCUGUGACUUUUACGAAACUGGAAGGUGAGGAGCGUUGUGAGGUGCGUCUUUCUGAUGCUUCUGAAAAGACUGAUGGACUUGUGUUGAUUGAGAAGCUGACUUAUGCUGCUGCUUAUUGUCUGAACCCUGGAUACUAUUAUAUUAAGUGCAGAGCUCCUGCUGUGGUGAAUGUGAAGUAUCUGACUUUUAACAAGAACUAUGAUCUUGAUGCUUCCAACGUCAACAGCGUGUUCCUGAAGUUGGACUAUGUGACUGAGAGCUGGACUAGUGUCCCCGACAGCCACACGAAGCCUGACCUCGAUAAGAGCAAGCCUCUUACUGGCAAGCCUGCUUACCCCACUGAUCCUACCAACGAGAAGGACGAUUUCCCUUGCACUGAGGAUGGUUAUUUGAAGUAUCUGGAUAAGUGGGACUAUUCCAUGAAGUGCACUUCUCGUGAUAAGACGUCUGCUGAGUUCAAGAAGCGUCUGGAGUACUUCCAGGAUUCUUGCGAGAAGAUCCAUGACUGGAACACUCGUGACAAGUAUGUGAUGGAGUUCACUUUCUAUGCUGAUUGGCAUCCUGAUGAGUUCGAGGAGAUUACGACGACCAAGCAGCGUUACUCUGGUAUUCAGACUCCUGUUCCUGCUAGAACCCCUGUUCACAACAAUUCGAAUCUCCGUUAUCUGAUGCCUUCUCUGGAUCCUUGUGAUGAGGUUUACACUUUCGAUGCUCCCGAGGUUACUCGUCGUUUGGCUGACCAGACGACUCUGAGAGAGUACAUUUGCAAGCCUCAGAACUGCUCUGUGACUUGGGCUUUCGCUGUGAGUACUUCGAUUGAGUACGCUAUUAAGAAGCUGUACUUCGAGGAGUACGAUCAGAUUGUGGAGGUGGCUCUUUCUGCUCAGGAGUUGAUUGAUUGCGUUGGUAAGGAGCACGGAGUGACUGAUACUUGCGAGGGUCUUCCUAUUGCUUGGGGAUUUGAUUAUGUGUUUGAUAAUGGUAUUGCUUAUCGUCAAUUCUACAGACACACCAACUAUGAGGGAGAUGUUUGCAAGGAAGUUGAUGACGUCAACAAGUAUCACAUUGCUGGAUAUGAGAAGCCUUCUACUUACAACAAGUGGGGUUUGAUGGAAUUGGUGAUGAAGGGACCUACUGCUGUGACUCUGGGUCUGGAUCCUGAGUUCUUCCAGUACUACCGUAAUGAUCGUGAGGAGGGUCCUUAUUUCGAUACCGCUUAUUGGAGACCUUCUGUGUAUGGUGUUGUGGUGGAGUACAAGCAGUAUGCUGUGGAUGGUGAGCCUGAGUUUGCUGAGUGGCCUUUCUUCGCUAUUGAGGCUAGACUUCGUGCUUGCGAUUCGUUCGUGUUCCGUUUGCCGAUUCGUGAGACUGAGGCUGAUGCGAAUAUUGCUGGUAUUGCUGGAUUCGCUAUUCGUCCGAUUGUGAGCGAGCUUCUUCCUACUCCUGAGCCUCCCACUGUUCCUCCCACUCCUACUCCUACUCCGACCCCUACUCCUACUCCUACCACUACCCCGACUCCUACUCCCACUCCUACGCCUACCACUACUCCCACUCCGACCCCCACUCCGACCCCGACCCCCACUCCGACCCCCACCGCUACGCCUACCCCCACUCCUACCCCCACUCCCGAGCCUUGGUUCCCUAUCUACGAUCCUUUCAUUCUGGGAGAUAACUGCAACUAUGUGACUCCUGAUGUUUGCAAGCAGGAGAUUAUUUCUGAGACCAAUGUAACCCGUCUGUAUCUGGCUAUUCGUGAUGCUUAUCCUACGAAGGCUUUGGCUCAUACUCGUGUGAUUGAUCUUUCCGGAGUGGAUAAGAUUAAUAUUCAGUUGUGGAUUGAUUCUUUGGGCAAGCAGGUUAAGAAUGAGGCUCCUAUUGAUCUCUACAUCAUGAACGAUCCUAUUAAGGGUCGUACGAUCAGUACUGAGCUUGCUCUGCUGCACUUGAAACUUGCGCAGUUCACUCGUCCUCGUAUUCUGUACAUUGGUGACGGAACUCUGUACCGUGAAGGAUUCCUGGAAGUGUUACAAGACCUGAAGACUAAUGGCGGAAAAGAUUGGUAUUUGAAUUUGGAGGAGCUCCAUGUUGUGAAGAACUACAUUGCUACUUACGAUUAUGCGAUGGAUGGUCAGAAGCCUGGUUAUGCCGCGAAUCUUACUAGAGAUAUUGUUGAUUUGCUGUAUGAGAUGUGUACUGAUGAUGUUCAUUUCCCUAAGCUGCGUUACAUUAACCUGAACAUGAACGGAUACAACUUGGUGGGAGCUGCUACUUUCGCUGAGGAGUUGAUCAAUGCUUGCCCUGAAACUGGUGUGACCAUUGAGGCUGCUGAGGUUUUGGUGAAGUAUCCUGUGUUCUGCGUGGAUGACAGCGCUUUCCAGUCUCAGACGAUGACCAGAACUUACUACUACGAUAUGAAUGAUGUGAAGGAUGCUGCUCAGUGCCGUUUCAACUGGAAUUGGGAGGUGACUGGUUCCUUCAACAAUGAUAUCACUGGACCUUAUCCUCUGCCUUCUACUCCUAACUGCCCUGGAUAUGAAACUCCUACUACGAUUGGACCUUCUUCUCCUACUCCUUAAGUGAAUUUGCCUGUUUGUUAAUAAAUAAUAAUACUAAUAAUAUUAUCUUGUUGUAGCAAAGUUCACUUAUAAAUAGUCUGCUUUCUGUUAGAAGGAUGCGCCAUUUCUUGUAUGACUGAUCACUUUUAGUCCCUUUCUGUUUCCUUGCACAGCAUUCGAUGUACUUCAUGCACUAUCCCAAACGCGGAACUCUUCAAUGGCGCAAAUCAUAAUUUUGGAAUCAAUGAAAGUUCGAUCGUCGGUCAAGCUCUUAUGUGAUUGUUGCCAGGUACGUCUUUGCUUUGGGAUGCAUUUUGACCUAACCUCUGAAGUAUGUGAAGAGAAAGGGAAGGGUGUAUGUGAUUUGUAAAAAGAACCCUCGACACAAGCAGCGACAGGGAUACCACACAGUUUCUGAAGCGUUUCGUCCAACGUGUGCACCAUCUGCUUUUAGUCAAGAGCUGAAUCCUAUUCGUGGGAGAAUCCAGAAUUGUUUGGAGUUUCUGCGAUCGAUGCGAUUACCUUUUUAA